AUGUACCGUUCGGCCCGCAGCAGUGAUAAGAAGUCCGAGCUGCUGCCUGCUGACUGGAGUAACAACAAAGAGCUGUACAGUCUGCGAUACAAAGCCAACAACAGUGACACCCAAAUGCUCCUCAAGGCAAUCACUGUUGAUUCCACCUUGAUCUUCAAUCUGAUGAACUCCAGCACACAGCAGGUGUCGGACUUAACGGAAGAAAUUGUGUUCAAAGAUGCAGACAGUUUGUCAGAGAAGGUGAAGACUCAGCUGCUGCCCCCCCUGGACAGACCGACCGGACAGAGAGCAGAGAGGAAGAGUCAGCGGGAUGAGGAAGAGGAGGAGCAGAGAAGAAGAGGAGAGGACAGUGACCCCCUCCGUAUUCCCAGCAGGAAUCCUCGCCAGGGGACACACCCUCACUGGCCCGACCCCAUGGUUCCUCCGUUUGCAGCUGGAGGAGCAGAUCUGGAUCCCUUUGGGUCUCGCGGCGGUGGUGGGAUGAUAGUCGACCCCUUGAGGUCAGGUUAUCCUCGCUCUGGCUUUGACCCGUCUAGUGGGAUACCAGACAUUCUGCCUCCUGGAGCCGUUCCCCCAGGAGCUCGCUUCGAUCCGUUUGGACCCGUCGGACGUCACAGACCAGGGCCGGAUCCAGACCACAUGCCCCCUCCUGGCUACGAUGACAUGUUCAUGUAGUACCCUGGAUUGUUUCCCGAUUUUCUACUUCCUGUUUGCUAUUUACAUCAGCAUCUUUUCCUCCAGCCGAUAGCAGCCGCCUUCUCCUCUCUGAGGGUUUGGUUUCAUCCGUGUUUGUGGCCUGAAGAUUUUCAUUUUUCUCUUUUUGAGAAGGAGGGUUCGUUUUCUGAUUGCUCAUUUCAUAUGAAUUAAAUCUUUAGGAUGCAAACUGACAUAACAAAAACCCAGUUACUGCUGUCUCAAAUAUCCGUGACUUUGAAAUGAAAAAGUUGCUCCAAUGUAAAAGAGCCCCUAAAAGAACAAUGCCAUACAGAUGAAGGUUUAUGCCAUUGCACAUAAUAAACUCAUAUUUUGUCUUUUAUACUGACAUCUGAACAUUGCUGAGCAGUAUUAUUUUGUGAAGUAAUGAGGUGACAUUUGGCUGCAGGGCGAGAUCUGCGAGUCUGGAGAUUACUGCAUAAAUGAAAAAUCUCACCUUUGAUCAACAGAACCACCGAGAUGCUUAAAUCUAAAAACACGUACGAGUGAAAACCCCUCUCUCUGCCCUUUGCUUCCUAAAUAAUAGAUCCCAUCAAACUCCAUCUACCAGUUUAUUAAUAAAAGAGUGCUUCUUCUUUUUCAUUUUUGAUGUGAAAA